AUGGCGUUGUCACACAUGGUGGUUAUAUGCAUAACGCUUCUAUUGGCGUUGCUUCAGCAUGUUCAGGGAGCAUCAUGUGCGGACUAUGCCAACUGCGACUCGUGCAUAAACAAUGGUAUAAUAAGCGCAUGUGGAUGGUGUGUAGAUGAUCAAACUUGCAGAUCUUCUAAUACUGACGCAUCAUGUUUGGAUUACCAAAGCCCGACAUCGCGAAAGAUAGAUGAAACUGUCAAUAAUAACUCAGAUAUCAACCCCGUUCGCGUGGAAGUGAAGCUAAGAGUGGGUAAGCCCUUGACUGUAUCAUUCGACGUGAAAGUUCCAGAAGGCAAGCCUAUCGAUUUCUUCUUCCUGUUUGAUGCUUCAGGGUCCAUGUCAGACGACAUGAAAAAGAUUCAAUCCAUCUCGGCGCAAUUCCGAAGUCUCCUCACCGGACUUUGUGACAUCAACGCUGGCGAUCCUAAUCCCGACUGCGUGAAGAUGCAGGUCGCAAACUUCAUCGACAGACAACAAAACUUUAUCUACCCGGACUCGAUGGAUGACUACAAAAAGCGUGUGUACCCGUUCCGUUUUGGCCUGGGCUACGAAGACGGAGAGUUCAAAGCAUUCCUAGAUACCCCCAAUGAUAGUAACAACUUCAUCGACGCGAUUUCAGACACCGACAACAACCGCGUCAUUCUGAACGGUGAUGAGCCUGAAGGGGCAUUUGAUGCAAUUAUGCAGGCCAUUCAAUGCGCCAAAUGGAAUCCCGAUGCACGACAUCUGCUAUUCGUAGGGACGGAUGCGGUGUCGCAUUUAGAAGGUCUCAGCCUACACCCCCUCGCCACACAGUUCACUAGUUGGUUACCUGAUUUCUUCACUGGCCAGUACCUGGUGAAGCGGUGCAAGGCGCUCGGUGAUCCGGGGUGUAGGAAGGACCUGUCUGGAAGAUGGGGUCUGCUGCAGGAGCGUAACAAACAAACGUGCUGGAUCAAGACCUUUGACGGAGACACGGCUGAAAACGUUCGAGAAGCUCAGCUACGCGAGGUGCACAGCAACUGUAUGCUUGACGACGCCCCAAGUGCCAGUAAGCUGAAGCAAGCAAUGCUAGCUAACAACGUGAUACCCAUCUUCGCUGCGACUAAUACCGACAAUAAAAUCUGGCAAUUCUGGACUGCCUUGCAGGCGAGUCUAGGGUUUGGUGGCAUCGCCGUCCUAGCAGAAGACUCCGAGAACAUCGCCACACUCAUACAGAGUGCGUACAGCAACAUCCAGAGCACGGUACAGAUUGAGCCUAUCGACAAUGGCUAUGGCCGAGUGGACUUUAUCAAGAUGAUCGAUGCACCUAAAACCGUGGCGAAUCUGGGUGGGUCGGUGACGAUGACUGUGACGCUAGAGGCCAAAGCGGACGGUACACCUCUGAGCACAGCCUGGUCUGAUGUGGAAAAUCCACCGCUGCGUUUGCUGGCCUUAGGCAUUGGAGAAGUAGAGAUCAAGAUCGGAAAACAGACCUGCGACUGUUAUGACACAGAAGAAAUCCUAGCAAAUGGCGUGUGCACGUGCGGGUUGUGCGAGUGCGAGUCGGUCACAGCAUGCCCAGUCAAUCCCGACACGGGCAUCGAGUGCUCUGGCCUGGGCGUGUGCACAUGUGGCACGUGCCGCUGCAACGAAGCCACAGGAAGUGCAUGCGAGUGUCCAAGUGGUGAUGGAGCAUGUCCCGUGGCGGCCAACGGACUUGUCUGUGGAGGCCCUCUACAAGGACAGUGUGAAUGUGGCAAGUGUGCGUGCUCGGCCGACUACAACGGCACGUCUUGCCAAUGUGCAGAAACGCCCCCGCAAUGCAACGCAUCCAAUUGCGUUAACGGGGAGUGCCUACCCAACGGUGAUAUCAAUUGUCCGUAUGACAUCUGCAUAUGUGACGGGCUCUAUACGGGUGACACUUGCGAAUGCGCGCCCUGUGCUAGCACGUGCGCAGCUGAGAAGAUGCAAGGGGUGUGUGUCACCACUGGUGCCACGUGUGGAUCCUGUGAGUGUGCAGAUGGGUACGAUCCAGCAACGGACUGCCAAUGCAAGAUCAGCGAUCCCACAACCUGUCCACUCGUGGACGGUGAAGAGUGCGGGGGGCAUGGCGUGUGUGUGUGUGGGGUGUGCGAGUGCAACACAGGCUACUCAGGCACCGACUGCGGCUGCAGUGAAUACACACCUUGUGACUUUGACGACAACAACCAGCAGUGUGGUGGCCAUGGACAGUGUGUGUGUGGCCAGUGCGAGUGCGAGGUCAGUGAGACGAACGAGCCCUUGUAUGCCGAUGACAGCUGCACCUGUGCCAUCAAUACCAUCUGCCCUACGUUCAAUGGCUUAGAAUGUGGUGGUGAAGGCUUCGGAAACUGUUUAAGAGAGUCCCAAGACUGUGGUGUGUGUGAAUGUGUGGAUGGUCGUGCUGGGUCCAGCUGUGAGUGCAUUGCUGAGGAUUGUCCACUGAGUGAAGACGGGCUCGUCUGCAACGGCCGUGGAUCGUGCAAUGAAUGCGGGCGCUGUGAGUGUGAUGAAGGCUUCGGAGGUGCAUCGUGUUCGUGUGAAAUUGCGGCCAAUCCGUGCGAUGCGGAGACCACGUGUGGUGGGCGUGGCACGUGUUUGUUUGAAGACGACCAGUGCGGUGUAUGCACCUGCGACGAAAACUACAUCGGCGACACCUGCGAAUGCGAUGUACGGCCCUGCCCCACAGUCAACGGACAACUGUGCGGAGAAUUUGGGCUCGCCUGCGAGGCCUGCACCCGAAAGUGUAUCUGCGAGGACGGGUACAAACAGCCCACAUCGGAAGACGGGUGCGUCUGCCGAGACGAUGUGUGUGGCGAAGUAGUUCUGGCCAAUGGUACCGCCCAAGUGUGCUCAGGUCGAGGCACCUGCGGAGCGUCUGACUGUGGGUGUACUUGUGACGAAGGGUUUGCAGGACAGGACUGUUCCGAAUGCGAUCCCGGAACUAACUUCAACGUCACCCGUAACGUUGUGGUGGGCGACUAUUGUGGCGGUGUUGUGGUGCAAGAAGCGACAGCUGUGUGUGUGGAAGAUGUCUGCGCGUCCUGGUGUGAAGCGCAUACAGACUGCGGUGACUGCGCCGACGAUCUGGCGUGUGGCUGGUGUGGCUCCAACAACAAGUGCUAUGAUGCUGCGCGGGUCAGCUCUCUGUGCGCUGACCAGGACAGGGUCAAUGAGGACUGCAACGAUCCCGUUAAUGCGGGCGGGGCCAUCGGUGCCGCAGUAGGGGCUGUGGCUCUGUUGGUGCUGCUGACGGUUGCAUUAGUCAAGGGCAUCCAAAUGGUGAUGGACAGACGAGAGUGGGCUGCGCAUAAUCGUGCACUAGAAGGCAUGAAAUGGAACACAAACGCAAACCCCCACUUCGAGCCCCAAACGACUGAGACAAUCAAUCCCUUCUAUGCGGGUGGACCCUAA